AGUCGCUUUAAGCGCUAGCGUGCAGCUAGGUAGCGACCUAGCUAGCACUCUCCUAACGAAAAACACGCCACAGGAAUGCAGCUGUGGGAUUUUGACUGAACUGUCGACAGCAGAGGCAGCACAGAAAAUGAUAAUAUUCGUGUUUUUUUAACUUGAGGUUGAGCUGAACAGAGUCUUUGUCAUGUUUACCGACGAAGUCCUGGACUCUGUGGGCAUCGAGUCACAGUGGAGGAAGUCUCAGCAGCUGACACGGGAGUCGAGAGGCUGCCAAACCAGAGCGCUGCACAGUACCGAUGCUGAGGUCCAGACUGUGUCCACUGCCGUCAGCAGCACACAGACUGAGCCACAGGACCACGUCACAGAGCAGCUCCUCCAGCAUGAGGAGCCAGAGCCACCUGGCCUGAGGGACUUCCUCCGUCAGGUUGAAGACAGGGUCAUCAAAGAGCUGGUCAAGAAUGCCAGGAGCCAUGCCUUUGAUGGAUACCAGGUGAACUGGGAGGAUCAAAGCCAGCUGGUUUCAUGCCGACAUCGCCUUCAACAUCCCAGUGCUCAAGAAAGAAGUCUUCAUGUAACCAGCGUAUCCUGGAGUUGUACAGGUUCAGUUAUUGCCUGUGCCUACGGCCGUAUUGAUGAAGGAGACUGGGGCACUGAGAAGUCACAUGUGUGUACCUGGAAUCUGGACCGUCGAGGCCUGAACCCCAAACAACCUGAUCUGGUCAUUGAUGUUCCCACUACAGUCACUGCUCUGUCCUUUCACCCUAACCAGCCCUCCCUCAUUGCAGGGGGUCUCUACACUGGAGAGGUGGUGGUUUGGGACACCAGUCACACACAGGACCCUGUGAUGGCCCAAACUGGGAUGUCUGCAGACAGUCAUAGAGAGCCAGUUUAUCAGGUUGACUGGGUGCCCCUCCAGAAGAGAGGAGAGUUUGGGGUGCUGAGCGCCAGUUCAGGAGGAAGGGUGCUGCUCUGGACGCUGGAUCCAGACCAAGGCGGCUUUGUCCUGAGCGCCGGCUACGCCUUAGUCCGCCAGCAGGUUCCUCACAGCAGCCGCUCAAACUACAAGGCCCGUGGCAGCAGUCAUGUGGGUGUCACUGCCCUGGCUCUGUCUCCCUGGGACUCUGAUAUCUUCCUGGUCGGCUCUGAGGGCGGCCUACUGCUCAAAUGCUCCUUCUCCUCCCAGACUCUGGCUGCAGCGCCCUCCGAAGGCCAGAGUGUGACGCUGAGAGCCCCAGCGGUCUUCUCCUUCAGGCCUCGCAACAGCCCCAUCCACUCCAUCCACUGCUCCCCUUUCCACAGGAACCUGUUCCUCAGUGUGGGGACGGAUGGCCUGGCCCACCUCCACUCUCUGCUGCAGACCAACCCGCUGCUCUCUGUCAGGGUCUCAGACUCCUACGUGUUCGAUGUGCGGUGGUCUCCAACCAGACCACUGGUGUUUGCUGCAGCCACGGGACAAGGUGUGGUACAGAUAUUCGACCUGGGCCGGAGGUCCCUGCGGCCAGCAGCCACUAUCGACCAGGGUGGUGCCAACCAAGCUGCCACCUGCUUGGCCUUCAACUCCCAGAACCCUCACCUGCUGGCCGUGGGAAAAACAGAUGGCACCGUCAACAUUUGGCAUCUGAGUGCUGAUCUGACAGAGCAAAGCCCCAGAGAGACCGUGCAGCUGGAGCUGAUGGCCAGAGAGGUUGCAGAAUGAACUAAAUGUCCAGGCUCACUGGAUGUUAGCUGUGUAUCAUGUUGUUUACUUGUUUUUCAAAUACUAUUAUCUAUUUUUGUAAGUAAGAAGUGUGGAAGUACAAUAAAGACACCAGGGUUUGGGGUUCCAGUUCUAA